CCAGUUGGUGGCGGUAAUGCACCAUUUUGCUGUUUGCCAACCGCCAAUAAACCCUAUACAGAAGAAGAAGAAGAAGGGGGCGGAGCAAAGUGAGUGCCGCAUACGACGAGGUGUUUGCACGGACAGAGCUGCUUUUUCAUCCACUUCGAGUAAAAUAGUGAACUUAGAGGAGAGAAACAAACUAAAGUAUCGAUCAUAAACCACUACCAACGUCUGGAUCGAUAUCUGCAUCGAUCUGCCCACCCUUGUCUCCUGGAUCGUAGCUGAGAUCAGCGUGAACCACGUGGGUCUCUGCUCCCUGAUCUGUUUCCUGUGUUUUGGAAAGAGUUCCAGCUUCAUCACGGAGUUUCUCUCGGUUUGUGGGCUCAUCUAAAGCUGAUCAGCAGGAGGAGAAGAGUCUGACGGAGCAGCAGAGGAACAUUUUCAGCCAUCUGGACUCAGCUGAGUCACUACAGAGGACACAAUGAGCUCGACAGAAACGGACCAACAUGGAGCGAGAAGUCAGCGCUCUCAGGAGGCCGACAAACCUCACAGGAGCAAGAGAGAGAAAAAAUACAGCUGUGACGAGUGUGGGAAGGAUUUUACUUUCAAGUGUAACCUGAAACGGCAUCAGGUCAUCCACACUGGAGGGAGACUGUUCAGCUGUGACUUGUGUGGAAAGUCUUUUACCAGGAAGGGUUCCCUAAAGAAACACCAACUCAUUGACAGUAGAGUUAAAGCGUACAGCUGUGAUCAGUGUGGUAGAGCUUUUAAUCGCAGUAGCCACUUACAGAGGCAUCUAGUUACCCACUCUGGAAUUAAGGCAUACAGCUGUGACAUUUGUGGGAAAACUUUCAGCCGGAUAGACAGCCGAAAUACACACCUACGCAUUCACACCGGACAUGAUGUGUACUGCUGUGAUCAGUGUGGCAAACACUUUGCUACAGACUCAGAUCUACAACGUCACAUGUUCACCCACACUGAGGGACGACCUUAUAAAUGUGAUCUGUGUCAGAAGACUGUUAAAACUCCACAUUACCUGAGACAACACCAACAGAUCCACACCAGAAAGACUCUACAAGUGCAGUUACUGUGAGAAGCAGAGUUUAGACACAGAUGGAUCCAGUUCUCAACCCUGUCAUCACUGUGGUGGACCAACAUGGACCGAGCAGUCAGCGCUCUCAGGAGGCCGACAAACCUCACACAAGACAGGGAGAGAAAAAAUACAGCUGUGACAAUUGUGGGAAGGAUUUUAAUGUGAAAGCUUCACUAAAACAGCAUCAGGUCAUCCACACUGGAGAGAGACCGUUCAGCUGUUGCGACUGUGGAAAGUCUUUUACUCAGUCUGGAAGCUUAAAAGCACACCAGGCCAUCCACACUGGAGAGAGACCAUACAAGUGUGAUAUUUGUGGAAGGUCUUUUUCCUCAGCUUCAUACUUAAAAACGCACCAGGUCAUCCACAGUGAAGUUAAAGCGUACAGCUGUGAUCAGUGUGGAAAGAAUUUUACUUGGAAGAUUUCGCUAAAAAUGCAUCAGGUCAUCCACACUGGAGAGAGACCGUUUAUCUGUGACUUAUGUGGAAAGUCUUUUACCCAGUCUGGAAGCUUAAAAGCACACCAAGUUAUCCAUACUGGAGAGAGACCGUUCAGCUGUGAUGACUGUGGAAAGUCUUUUACCCAGUCUGGAAGCUUAAAAGCACACCAGGCCAUCCACACUGGAGAGAGACCAUACAAGUGUGAUAUUUGUGGAAGGUCUUUUUCCUCAGCUUCAUACUUAAAAACACACAAACUCGUCCACAGUGGAGUUAAAGCGCACAGUUGUGAUCAGUGUGGCAGAGCUUUUACUCACAGUAACAGCUUACAGAACCAUCUAGUUACCCACUCUGGAAUUAAGGCAUACAGCUGUGACAUUUGUGGAAAAACUUUCAGCCGGAUAGACAGCCGAAAUACACACCUACGCAUUCACACCAGACAUGAUGUGUACAGCUGUGGUCAGUGUGGUAAACUAUGUUUAACACCCACACAGUUACAACGCCACAUGUUUACCCACUCUGGGGAGAGACCUUAUAAAUGUGACCUCUGUGAGAAGACUUUUAAAACUCCAUGUAACCUGAAAGAACACCGACAGAUCCACACCAGAAAGAGACUCUACAAGUGCAGUUACUGUGAGAAGCAGAGCAACAAAGAUGGAUCCAGUUCUCAAUCCUGUCAUCACUGUGGGAAAGAGUUUUGUUGUGACGUUUGUGGAAAAACUUUCACUCUGCAAAAGACCCUAAAAAUACAUCAACGUAGACACACUGGAGACAAAAUGAACUACUGCAAAGAAUGUGGGAAAGGCUUCACCAGACCAAAGGACUUAAAACAGCAUGAACUUAUUCACAGUGGGGUUAAAAAGCAUCUCUGUGAUCAGUGUGGGUCAUCCUUCACCACUGCAAGUAGCCUUAAAACACACAAACGUGUCCACACAGGAGAGAAACCAUACAAGUGCAGACACUGUGACAAAAGCUUCUCACAAACAGGUAGUCGCAACAAUCAUGAACGCACACACAUGGAAGAGAACUUCAGCUGUGACCAGUGUUACAAAAGUUUCAGGAGUUUCAGUUCCUAUUCUACACACAAACGAUCCCACGCUGCAAAUAAACUGUUUCACUGUUACCAAUGUGCAAAAAUAUUCACUUCGUUAUCUGCUCUGUGCAAACAUCAGCGUGAUCAUCCAGGACUGAAAUCACUCCCAUCACUGGGUCACAGUGAAUCUGCAGAGACAGAAAGAUCCUCUUCUGGUUUCAGGGUCAGACUUAAAACCCUUGAGAUCAGGCUCCACAGAGUUCAGAUGGAGUCUCCUGUAAAGAUCUGAUGAGGCAGCUAUGAACGAAAAUGUGCCUCUCGUUACAUUUUAAGCUUUCUAAACUCUUCUACUGUAGUGUUCGUGUUGUGGUUAGCUUUGUUCCAGCAGUUGAAUCAAAAAAUCUGUUUCCUGUCAUCAUGUUUUUAUUGAAUGCAUUUUGAUCCACGUGUCCUGCAGAUGUUUAUUUUUUUCAGGUUGUUUUUAUGAAAUCCUGCAACAGUUAAACCAAAAUUUGAAAUGUUUAAUAAAGAAAUAGUUUAAUGACAGAGUUUGAGCCAUGAUAUUAUUUCCUGUAUAACAAAGCAAAACGUGAAGUGACCAAUGUUUAAAGUCAGAGUCAGAUGAACUGUUUUCUGUGACACAGAUGGAGGUUUACCAGAGGAGGAGACUUGGUUGUUCUGACACUGAACAGGGUUCCUGCAGCUUAUUGCAAACUCUGACCUGAAAUUCAUGAAACUAAGAUCUUUAAAAUGUUUUAGAUUUUUUUUUUAUUUUAUC